AUGCGCGCGGUUGUUUAUGAUGAACCGUUCAAGGUUUCGGUGCAGCAAGUGGAGAAACCCGUCCUGCAACAUCCUAACGAUGUCAUUGUAAAAAUUACUACGUCUUGCAUCUGCGGGAGCGACUUGCACAUGUACGAAGGUCGUACCGGUGCUCAGCCAGGCAUUGUUUUCGGUCACGAGAACAUGGGCAUUGUGGACGAAGUCGGCGCAGGCGUAUCGGUUCUGAAGAAGGGAGACCGCGUGGUCAUGCCAUUCAACGUUGCUUGUGGGCAUUGCCUCAACUGUGAAGAAGGCCGAUCGGCUUUCUGCACGGAAGUGAACCCGGGUUUUGUGAGUCUACCCUAUGUCUCUAUGGGGCCCUACCAGGGCGGUCAAGCCGAAUACGUCCGGGUACCCUUCGCGGACUUCAACGCCCUCAAGCUCCCGCCUGGCAAGGAGCACGAGAAUGAUUUUGCUCUUCUUGCCGACAUUUUCCCUACUGGUUGGCAUGGUGUCGAGCUCUCGGGCUUCCAUCCUGGGGAAUCCGUUGCGGUGUUUGGCGCUGGACCUGUGGGCCUGAUGGCAGCAUAUUCUGCCCUACUCCGAGGUGCCUCGGACGUCUACGUCGUCGAUCGCAUUCCAGAGCGGCUUGAAAAGGCCAAAAAUAUCGGCUGCAUCACGGUCGAUCUGACCAAGGGCGACCCUGCAGAACAGAUCAAAGCUCUGAGGGGCGGAGAAGUAGAUCGGGGCGUCGAUGCGGUCGGAUACCAGGCCGUCUCUUCGGACGGCAAGACGGAGCAACCAAACGCUGUCCUGGAAGCCCUGAUUGCUGUUGUCCGCCCCACCGGAGGCCUUGGCAUUCCUGGCUUGUACGUCCCCAAAGACCCGGGCGCGCCGGACUCAAACUCUGCCAAAGGAUACAUCACUUUCCCAUUCGGCAAACUCUUUGAGAAGGGUCUUACCGUAGGCACGGGACAAUGCAAUGUCAAGAAAUAUAAUCGAUCUCUCAGGGAUCUGAUAAUUUCUGGUCGGGCCAAGCCAUCCUUCGUCGUCUCACACAAUCUAUCCCUCGACGAGGCACCCGCCGCGUACGACAAGUUCGAUAAGCGGAUUGAUGGGUAUACAAAGGUUCUGUUACACCCGUGA